UCGAAGCGCGCGCGCGCGCGCUCCCGCUCCCUAUAUAACCAGCGCAGACACGACCGCCGAGACGCCUCCGAUUCACCUUAGCUUCCCGGCGAGAGCCAGCACCACCUCCCACAGUCACAGUUGUUUGUUGCGCAAGCAAGGAGAAGGAGAUCGCAACGAGGCAGGGGAGGGCAGCUGCGGCGCCAGACCAGCCGGUCCGAGCGACAUGCACAGAGCCUCACCGUGGAACUCCUCUUCUUCCACCUGGUCGUCGUCGUCUUCCUCCCCGCGCAGCAGCAAGCGCGCCCGCCUCGCCGCCGCCAGCGCCAGCACUAGCAGGCUGCUGCCCUGGCCCUCGCCGCGCGGACCGGCCAGCCAUGGCGUCGCCCUUUCUGCCCGGCUCUUCUUCCUCUUCCGCUUCGUCGCCCCUCUCUUACCUGAUCCCUAGGCAGCCGCCGCCUUCCUCCGUCGUGGCGCAGGGCUUCUCGUGCGGCGCUCUGGUGCAGCAGGCCGGGCUGUACGGUGGCGUCGGCGUCAGCGCGGCUGGCGGCGUCGAGGCCGUGGAGGUGAGGCAGGGGGGCAGGCACGCGGGACACCCGCCGCUGCCGCGCCCGCCGCCGCGGCAGUGCCCGCGCUGCAGGUCGGCCAACACCAAGUUCUGCUACUACAACAACUACAGCCGCAAGCAGCCGCGGUACUUCUGCCGGGCGUGCCGCCGGCACUGGACCGAGGGCGGCACGCUCCGCGACGUGCCCGUCGGUGGCGGCCGCAAGAACAGGCGCAACGGUGGGGGUGGGGCUAAGGGCGGCGCCAAGGCCCCCUCCACCGUCACCGCGGAGGUGUCUACUGCGGCGACGACGGCUAUCCAGGGCAGCGGUGCAGGCGCGCUGGCCGGCGCCGUCGACGCGUUCAUCCCGGCCGACAUCCUGAGGCAGAUGCUGUCCCAGUCGGCAAGCUUUACGGCCAGCGGCGGGGGCGGCGGCUACGGCAUCGACCUGAGCGCGUGGCAGCAAAUGACCGGUGCCGCAGCAGCACCGCAGGGGGGCAGCGAUGUUGGCGAGGUCGGAGGGACGGCUCCGGCGGCAGAUGCCAACUGCGGCACAGGGGCGCAGUACUGGAGCGGAUGGAACCUGCAAGAUGACAUGCCCGGAUUCGACGGGACUUUCUAGCUGCCCGGCCUUGCCCGUAGAUCGUUGGCCAAACCCCACGAUGUUCCAGACGGAAAAAUGACAAUCUGUGCACUUUGGCUUGUGGUUUUGCGGUAGGACUAGGAAAAAGCUAUUGGAUCUGCCACUAGUAAGAAGAUUGUAUAACGGUGUCAGUGUUUUCCUAAAUAUAUAUGAAAAGUGUUGUACAA